GACAGAGGGAGGAGGGGGGACAGGGUGGGAUGUAGGGGACAGAGGGGGACAAGGGGACAGAGGGAGGAGGGGGGACAGGGUGGGAUGCAGGGGACAGAGGGGGACAAGGGGACAGAGGGACCAGGGGGGACACGAAGGGUGGAGGGGACAGAGGGGGACAGGCAGGGGACAGAGGGGGACAAGGGGACAGAGGGAGGAGGGGGACAGGGUGGGAUGCAGGGGACAGAGGGGGACAAGGGGACAGAGGGAGGAGGGGGACAGGGUGGGAUGCAGGGGACAGAGGGGGACAAGGGGACAGAGGGAGGAGGGGGACAGGGUGGGAUGCAGGGGACAGAGGGACCGGGGGGGGACACGAGGGGUGGAGGGGACAGAGAGGGACAGGGUGGGAUGCAGGGGACAGAGGGACGAGAGGGGGAUGCAGGGAGGAGGGGGAGGGACGAGGGGAGGAUGAGAGGGGCAGGAGGGAUGCAGGGGACGGCACCGGGACCGGAGCCAGCAGGCGAUGGGGAGGGGGAGGGCUGCGGGCGGGCUCCGCCAUAUUGGGUGAGGGCAGCUGCGGGCGGGCUGCGCCAUAUUGAGUGUGGGCAGCUCCGCUUCCGGACGCCGCUCCGCAUGUGA